UUUUUUUCCUUUCACUUUUUUAUUUUUAUUUUUGAUAGAUUUUCAUAUACAUAUUUAUAUACAAUAAGAUGGAAGAAGAAGCACGAAGACGUAAAGAAAGAUUAGAAGCUAUUCGAAAACGCAAACUGGCUUCCAACAAUUCUAGUAUUCAAGCUAAUGCUGAAGAAAAAGUCAAGGAUCUGACCUUUCGAAGUUAUACACCCAGUGAUGAAAAUUUGAAACAACUGGUGAAUAUCGCCACACCCGAUAAUAUCAAGACAACUGUGGAAUCAGAAACAAAACAAAUUCCUAUACAAACUUUACAAGAAGCUGCUGAAAAGGAAAAGGAAGAAGUAGACUUAUUCAAUUUGGCACCUAAGAAAGCUAACUGGGAUCUGCGGCGAGAUGUGGAAAAGAAAUUGGAAAAACUGGAUCGAAGGACUCAAAGGGCAGUUUUAGAACUGAUUCGACAACGAUUGACUAGUGAAGGUGGUGACAACUUGGCUGAAGUUGUGGCAAAUGCUGAAGCUCAACAGAAACUAGAUGCCCAAAUCGAUGCUGAAUGAAUGAAUAUUAUUGUUUAUGCACUGAAAUAGUUUAAAUUUGUAUAUUUUUCCCUACUUUUCUUUUUCCUCCUCUUUUUAUACUAAUUUGGUUUAUUAGCAUUACAUUUUUUUUUUUUUUUUUUUGG